GAUUCUGGUCUUCUUAUCUGCAAUCCCCCAACCCUAAUCUUCACACACACUCUAAAUUCACAUCUUCUGCUGUUUGCUAUGCUUGAAUACUGCUGCGAGUUGAUGUCUUCUUUGUCAUUACUGUUGUGAUUUGGCUGUUCUUGUGGGGAUAAAAUAGUCAUGGAUCGGCUAAAUGCUUCUGCUCGCCUCAUGAUAGUUUCUGAUCUUGAUCAUACGAUGGUUGAUCAUCAUGAUCCUGAGAACCUCUCUCUUCUUCGGUUUAAUGCUUUAUGGGAAGCUAAUUAUCGUCACGAUUCCCUUCUUGUUUUCUCGACUGGAAGGUCCCCUACACUUUACAAACAGUUGAGGAAAGAGAAACCUAUGCUAACCCCAGAUAUAACCAUAAUGUCUGUGGGAACAGAGAUAACAUAUGGUAACUCAAUGGUGCCAGACAAUGGUUGGGUUGAGGUUCUGAAUCAGAAAUGGGAUAAGAACAUCGUCAAAGAGGAAGCAAGCAAAUUAUCUGAACUUACUCUUCAGUCAGAGACAGAGCAACGACCUCACAAGGUUAGCUUCUAUGUGGAUAAAGAUAAGGCCCAGGCUGUGAUGAAGGGACUUUCAGAGCUAUUAGAAAAACGUGGGUUGGAUGUUAAAAUAAUAUAUAGUGGAGGAAUGGAUCUGGAUAUAUUACCACAGGGUGCAGGCAAAGGUCAAGCUCUUGCAUAUUUGCAUAAGAAAUUUAGGACCGAGGGGAUACAACCAACUAACACUCUUGUUUGCGGCGACUCGGGAAAUGAUGCUGAACUAUUUAGCAUUCCUGAAGUAUAUGGUGUCAUGGUUAGCAAUGCUCAAGAAGAAUUGCUGCAGUGGCAUGCUGAAAAUGCCAAGAAUAACCAAAAAAUAAUCCACGCAACUGAGAGAUGUGCUGCUGGGAUCAUACAAGCAAUUGGCCAUUUUGGUCUUGGUCCAAAUACUUCUUUAAGAGAUAUUGCAGACCUAUCUGACCAUAAACUCGAGAAAUUUAACCCUGGUCAUGAGGUAGUUAAAUUUUACUUGUUCUAUGAGAGAUGGAGGCGUGCAGAGGUUGAUAAUUCUGAGAUGUAUUUGGCAGCUCUCGGAGCUUCUUGUUGUCCAUCUGGUGUUCAUGUCCAUCCAUGUGGUUUUGAGCUGUCUCUUCAGGAAUGCAUAAACAAAAUGAGAAGUUUAUAUGGAGACAAACAAGGACAGAAGUUCCGGGUCUGGGUGGAUCGUGUACUUCCUACACAAAUUGGUUCUGAUACGUGGAUGGUAAAAUUUGAUAAGUGGGAAUUAUCAGGUGAGGAGCGCCAUUGUUGCAUGACUACCACUAUAGUUAGUUCAAAGGCAGACAGUUUCACUUGGAAGCAUGUGCAUCAGACAUGGCUGGAAGGAUCAGGAACCACAGAGGGUGCAAGCUGGCUUUUCUAGAUUGGGACGACUGAUGAACUUCAACAGUUUCCGACAACCAUCAAUUCCUUCCUAAAAUAAAUACUUUGCAGAGUCAUAAAUAUUCAUCCAUUUCAUGUACAUAUGGCUCUGCAUUGUUCCAAUUUUAUUGGAUUUUCCCAAAGGGACAUGUUGAUGUCUCUUGUUCUGGUCACAAUAAGUGAAACUUCUUGUUCUGGUCUUUUAAAAUGCUGCAGGAUGAUUGAGCUUUAUGAUAAUAUGAGAUCUUUUUUGCCCA